UCAGUUGCACGCGCGUAGAUACGCGCUGCACUUCGCGGUGUGGUCGUGCUGAUGGGUUAGGUUCGCUCGGUGGCGAGUUUGACGUGGCAUAUUUCGUUUCUUCUCAAGGAACCUGUGAUCGUUUUAAGCAUCGUACGCGGAAGCCGCGCUUAUGGUCAGCCGAUGGACCAGCACGCGAAGGAAAGCUGUCGCGUAUUCGAGUAUCCGGUGAUCCGCAAAAGGAAAGCUAACGAGGAUGAGCCAUGCGAAGGUACGAGAAGAUCGCUACGGGCACAGUAAACUACGUCGUAGGCAAUUAGAGAAGAGCAGCUCGCCGCCAAAUAAAAUGGUGGGAUUGGGCAGCGACGAGCUAUUCAUUUCGAACAUCGCUGAUGUCAACAAUAUGGAAUUGGAGAUCAAUUCCGAGGAUGAGAGCGAUGAGAACGAAAGGAGUGAUAUACGGCGGCUGAUACCGGUGAACAGCGAAAGCGUCAUAUUUAGCAGUGGAAAAAGGGACAUUCAAAGAGGCGAGACGGAAAAUGCGGAUGAUGAAAGCGUCUGGUCUAUAUCUAUCCAGAUGUUUAUACCAUUCCUACUCGCUGGCUUCGGUAUGGUCGCCGCUAGUUUGCUGCUGGACGUGGUACAGCAUUGGCCGGUGUAUCAAGUGGUGUCCGAGGUAUACAUACUAGUUCCUGCGCUACUGGGUUUGAAAGGAAAUCUAGAGAUGACAUUGGCCUCCAGAUUGUCGACCCAGGCUAAUCUAGGUCACAUGGAUACAAAAAAGCAGCAGUGGACACUAAUUGUCGGAAACUUAGCCCUAAUUCAAUGUCAGGCUAUGGUAGUGGGUUUGUUAGCGUCUUUGGCGGCCGUAGCCCUCGGUUGGAUCCCGGAAGCUCACUUCGAUAUUCACCAUGGACUGCUGUUGUGUGCUAGUGCCUUGGUCACCGCUUCCGUAGCCAGUUUCCUUCUAGGCCUCGUGAUGGUUGCGGUCAUAUUGUUGUCGCGGCGAAUGAAUAUCAACCCUGACAAUGUUGCUACCCCGAUCGCAGCCUCCUUAGGAGAUCUAACUACUUUAGCUCUUUUGUCUUGGAUCGCUACUUUAUUGUACAACGCAAUAGGUUAUGCUCCGUGGGUAGCUCCAACAUUGAUAGCAUUUUGUGUAUUUGUAACUCCUGUUUGGGGUUACAUAGCAGCUAGAAAUCCAUUUACUAAGGAAGUAUUGGAUUAUGGCUGGACGCCUGUGAUAUCCGCGAUGUUAAUUAGCAGUCUCGGAGGACUGAUUUUGGACUACACCAUAUCAAGCUACAAGGGCAUAGCGGUUUUUCAAUUAGUAAUUAAUGGAGUUGGAGGAAACUUGGUUGCCGUUCAGGCCAGUAGAAUAUCGACGUCUCUACAUAAAAAUUAUCAGACGGGUAUUCAAGAGACUCUCAAUGUUUGCAUUAGUCCAUUCCACGCAUUCUUCGCUAAAGGAGGACACGCGAGGACAGCCAGAGUAUUACUGAUGAUGGUAAUACCGGGGCAUUUAAUCUUUAGUUAUACUAUUAGCUAUCUUCAGGCGGGACAUACUUCGUUCACGCCUAUAUUUAUUAUGAUAUACUUGAUUGCUGCAAUGUUGCAGGUAAUUCUGUUGUUAUAUAUUGCGCAAUUAAUGGUUGUUUGGAUGUGGACGAGGGGUAUGGAUCCAGACAGUUCCGCAAUACCAUAUUUAACAGCUGCAGGCGAUCUUAUAGGAACUGCGCUUCUUGGAAUUGCUUUCCAUAUCCUUUAUGCCAUAGGCGACGGCGAUUCUGACGUAGGAGAUUGAGCGGUAACAUUCAUACAAUGCUCUCAAUUGUUUUUAAUAUUACAGGUCACAGAUUUUUGAACUGUUUUUUGAAAGACCACGAUAAAAAAUUUGAUUUCAAUUCACAAUGCGCAACAUUGAUUGUGAUUCAAGAUUAUUAGCGAUUGUUACUUUCGUCGCGAUGAGAUUUUUUUCGAAACAAAGCUCCGUUCGACAUCUCUUUAUAGGAAAAGGGUAUGUUAAGAGUACAAAUUAAAUUAAGUAUAUAUCUGUUAGGGCAUGUUCUAUGCAAAAAAGAAAGAAAUACAGUAUUCGCCAAAAUUAAUUCUACUGUAUUGUUAAUUAAAGUGUCACAAGUACACAAACAUGUAAUUACAAAGAUAGAACUAACAAUUAAUUUGAAUGGUGUUUAUGCCAAUAAAUAUGGGCCAGUAAAUAAGUAUAUACAUACACUUCAUGCUGUACUUUAAACAAAAGUAUAUUGCCAUCACGCAAGAUAUUUUCUUAAGCUUCGUCAUAUCAAUCGUAAAAUGUUGAUACAUUUAGUUUAACAGUAUAAAAUAUACAGUGGAUACACACACACACACACACACACACACCCACAUACGUA